AUGUACACGAUUCGAACAGUCUGCCAUCCGACAUCGGAUAUUACAGAACCGUUGAUUGUGCUCAACACGGAGGCAACUAGCCACUACUUUGGGAAGUGCGCGGAAGGCGCCCAGAGAAACCUCAUUGAAAAGAGCGUGAGACCGUCACGCAUGAAAAACCUCUUCAUCACCGGAAUUCUCGACUGGAACGGCAUUGGAGGUUUGCCCGGAUUGAUCUUGACCAUGGGAGACACAGGGAAAACCAACAUCGAUCUCUCCUUCGGGUCUUCUAUCCUCAACUAUAUGAUUUCCACCUGGAGGGCGUUUGUUUUCAGACAGGGUAUCACCAUCAACGUGAAUACAAUGCCAGACGCCGCCGUGAGGGAUGAUAAGUACAUGUUUGUAAAAAUAGUGCACACGGUUCCGGCCAAAGACUGCGAGAGAAAGCCUUUGACCAAGCGGAUGAAUGAUACCCUUGCUGCGAUCGUGCAGAGAAUGUUCCCCCUCGACGUUCCGGCUAACGACCCCACAGCAGGCGAUCCAGCAGCCACCAGCCCUCUCACCAACACCGAGUUGCCAGAAAUUUCGAAUUCGGCCGUCUCAUCCAGUUACGUCAUCCAGUUCAAGUCAGCGCGAGGAAAGUUCAGCAUCCAGAAGGCAAAAGCGUUAAACAUUCCUCCAGGGCCACUCUUCGCAAAGUUGACAAAGGGUGAGAGCAUUGAGGUCAAUGGUGUGACGAUUAUGCCAGACCAGGUGGUUGCCGAGGCCAGAAAGUUCCAGAGAGUUGUCGUUGUGGAUAUCCCCACCCCAGCGUACCUCAGCAGCACCAUCCAAUCUACCGGGUGGUUCGACCCUAUCGACCCAGAAAGUGACAACAGCGUGGGCUUGGUGUACCACUUCUUGGGAAAAGACGUGGAUAUCACCAGCAAAGAGUAUCUUCGGUUCAUCAAGAGUUUUGGGAAUCACUGCACUCACAUUAUUUCGCACCCCGUUUAUUGUCCAAACACAAUUAAUUUCAAGAGUGCAACGAUAUCCUUAUUGAAGUUAAAGUCAUUGCAGAAGGACUUUUUCAAGUUACCGGUUUACUCCAAUGACCCGCUUCGCGACGUGAAGCAUGUAGAUAAUGCUUUAGAAAGCCUAGUUGCUUACCAGGAGGUCACCAUCUCACCCGACGGAAUCACCGUGAACAAUACCGACACAGAAAAAAACAGGUUUACAUGGAGCACGCUCUAUGAUGAGCACGUGGCGUCGCUCUCUCUCGGUUGUUUCAACGAGGAAGAAAUUUUAGCAGCUCCGGCCAGCUUUCCUGCUUCUGCGAGGGAUGAAGUGGAGAUUGUGACCCUCGGUACGGGUAGUGCUAUGCCUUCCAAGUACAGAAAUGUUCUUUCCACGCUUGUGCGAAUUCCAACCAAAGUCGAUGCCGCCGAGUAUGCAUAUCAAUCGAUACUUUUGGAUGCGGGCGAAAACACAUAUGGUGCGUUGUGCCGAAACCACGGCGAUGAUUUGCCGUUCUAUCUCCGUGAGUUGCGGUUGGUGUAUCUCAGCCAUUUGCAUGCAGACCACCACUUAGGAAUCAUGACAAUCAUCAAAGAAUGGUUCCGGGUGCAAAACUCAUCACCCGAGCAGCAGCGGCACGGGUCUCUUUUUGUGGUGUGCCCAUGGUCUUACAAUCGGUUUGUCAAGGAGUGGUCCCGACUCGAGCCGGUAAUCGAUUUCCUGAAGAUCGACUAUGUCAGCUGCCAGGACUUCUUGACGAUAGAAGACGCCGACGGAGAAUAUGCCACCGUCAUGUUCGAUGAGUUGACCGACCCAAGUCUCAAAUAUGUUUUGCCAACCGUCCUCCGACCAAGAGCUGAGACCCGAAUCCAAAAAUUGUACGCCGAGCUUGGGUUGAGACUGAUUUCUACAUGCAAGGCUAUUCACUGCAAAUGGGCAUACUCUAUCGUCCUCCAUUUCCACUCGGAGCAAUUAGACUUUAAAAUCGCCUACUCUGGAGACACCAGACCGAAUAUUAUGUUCGCAGAGAUCGCACAUGACAGUGAUUUACUACUACACGAAGCUACGUUAGAGGACGAGCUCAUUGAGGAUGCGAUUUACAAGAGGCAUUCCACCAUUUCGGAAGCGAUUUACAUGGCAAGGCUCAUGAGGGCCAAGAAGCUUAUUCUCACUCACUUCAGCCAGAGGUAUUGGAAGGUCCCCGAUUUGAACACGGGUGAGACUAAUUUUGCCAAGUUAAAAGACUAUUUAAGCCAGGAUUGUUCUGGCUCACAGGAAAACAACCCGGGGAAUAUCUUUUCCUAUCAUGCCCCCACCGUGGCUUUGGAUUUGUUGUAUGCCUUUGACAAUAUGAUGAUCAAGUACGGAAGGUUGCAUGAGCAACGCGCCAUUUCCGAUAAAUUGUCUAUUGUCUUCGGGACCGAGGAGGAGAAUGAUGCUUCUCUACCAAAGGCUGAAUGCCAGAGCAGGAAAACAAAAGGGACAAGAGAAAUACUUUGA